AUGUCACCUACCAUUAGAUCGUCCACCAUCAGGGGCAGUCGACAAGCGCUUUAUGGCAUAAGCUUGUAUACCUCCCGCCCAUCUGUUGGAACUAUGUAUCGCGCCCCAACACCCGACCUUGUGCCCAACAAACGUGGAUUUAGCAGCGGUCUCGUAAAUCGAGCUCCUCCACCAGUGCUGGCGACAGGAACCAUAGCGGAAAAGCUUUCCCUCAAUGGAAAGGUCACAGUCAUUACGGGGGGCGCAAGAGGAAUCGGGCUCACUCUUGCUGAGACUGUAGCAGGCCUGGGAAGUGAUGUGGUAAUUCUUGACGUCCUGCAGCCCGAACGCGAAUUGGCUGAGCUGGAAAACGCGUACAACACUCGGUUCAAAUAUUACAGAAUGGACGUCACGUCGAAGCCUGGCAUGGAUGCAGCAUUCGAGAACGUCGUCAGGGAUGUCGGGCGCAUAGACAACUGCAUCACCUCGGCCGGAGUCGCUUUAGACAAACCGUUCCUCCAGCAUACCUGGGAGGAAUCCAGCAGAAUACUUGAUAUCAAUGUGCUGGGGUCCUUCUUUAGUGCCCAAUUAGCGGCAAAACAGAUGGCGAAACAAGGAAGCGGAGGAUCCAUUGUCAUGGUUGCCUCUAUCGCUGCCCACUGCGCCAUUCCCGCUCAGCGAGUUUCAAUCUACGGGGCCUCCAAAGGAGCUAUAAGGCUUCUUGGAAAGACUCUGGCCGUAGAGAUGGCCCCUUUUAACAUCCGCGUCAACACGAUAUCGCCUGGAUUCAUUGCAACUUCCAUGUCUAAGCAGUUCACCGAGAUCCAGAGCGUAUUUCAAACGACACCCCCCUUAGGUCGUAUAGGCCGUCCGGACGAUCUGGCUCUUGCUGUUGCAUAUCUUCUAAGUGAUGGUGCGGGGUAUACCACCGGAGCUGAUAUCGCUGUCACUGGGGGCUUGCAUAGCGGGAGAAUUGAUGUUUAG